AUGGCUACCAUAGAGAAACCGUUUCGGAUCGUAAUUGUUGGAGGGGGACUCGUGGGUCUCACUGCAGCACAUAUCUUAUCCAAAACGGACAUCGACUUCGUUAUACUUGAACGACAUGAGAUUUUGACACCCGAGCUUGGUUCGCUCCUGAGCUUGUGGCCGCCGACACUUCGCAUUUUCGACCAGUUAGACCUGCAAGAUACAUUAGAGCCCGUCCUCAACCCUGUCGACCAUGGAGUUAGUAUGUCUGCCGACGAUGGAUCCAUAUUACUAUCCCACGGGUACGGAAUCAAGGUUGUUCAUCGCCCGCUCUUUGUUGAAGCCUUAUAUCAAAGCCUACCUGACAGUGCGAAAGCACGAAUCAGGGUCAAGAAGCACGUUGUCAAAGUGAACGUGUCAGAUGAUGGAGUGCUCGUCGAGUGUGCCGACGGCACCGUGGAAAGGGGCUCUAUUGUGAUAGGUGUAGAUGGCGUUCACAGUAGGGUUCGCCAAUGCAUGCAGGCGAUGGAGGAGGGCAGAGCAGCUCCUAGCAUAUCAGAAACACCCAAGAGUCCCUACGUCACCACGUACAAGAUGGUCUUUGGAAGCAUGCCUAUCCCGCCGACAUUGCCAAAGAAUGUAAAUCACGAAUGCGCGUCAGGACGUGUGUCGACUCAGCUCCUCACUGGCAACUCUCUAGUAUGGUUUGGCGUGUAUGAAGCGCUUGAUAAACCUACUUCAGAACGCAUCAAAUAUACCGAAAAGGAUAAGGAGGAGGUCAUAAAGAGAUGGGGACAUCUGUAUGCCGCUCCCGGUGUAAGAGUGCGCGAUGUUUUCGGUCUACAGAAUGGAAACUUUGGUAUGAUCAACCUGGAGGAGGGUCGUGUAGACAAAUGGUAUUGGAAUCGCAUCGUCCUCGUGAGUGAUGCUAUUCGGAAACUGGAGCCUCACGCCGGAUUAGGGUAUAAUAGCGGUUUAGCCGAUGUAGUUGUCCUCGUGAAUAAGCUCCGACGCUUGCUCGAAACUACUCGGUCACCGGAUACAAAAGCCUUAGAAGCGCUGUUCGCCAACUACCAGGAGGAGCGGGGAAAGGAGGAGCCAAUAGUUCAUGCCAUGUCUAUGCGUCGGGCUCGAUCUUACGCAUGGCUCAGCCCAAUGGAUAAAAUCAUGACCAAAUACAUCAUCCCUUACACCAACUUCGGAAUAUACAGCACAAACCGCAUAUACGGACCAGUCGUCUCCAGAGCUCCUAUCCUAGAUUGGUUGGAGGAGAAGUCCAAUACCAAAAACGUGCAAAUACCUUACGUCCACCAUCCUAUUGACAAAGGGGGGAAAUCAAAGAAUGCCCUGUAUCGGAGCGGUCAUCGCGGCUGCUCUUACUGCAGUGGGACUCCGGUAUUACCAUAG